AUGAUAACGACGCGAAACAACGGCCAUCGGAACCUUCUCCCGACGCCGGCGGCACUCCUCCUCCUCCUCCUCCUAGCCGCUGCUUCUCCUGCCGACGCGUGGAGCAUCUGGGGGAAGACGACGGUGGUGGUGAGAAACGAGCUGGUGAACCACCUCCAGAUGGACCUCCACUGUAAGUCCCGUGAGGACGACCUCGGCGGAGUGCUGCUCCAGGUGUUCGAGGAGUUCCAGUGGUCCUUCCGGCCCAACCUCUUCGGGGGCACGCUGUUCUACUGCCACGUCAACUGGGGCGACGGCCGGCUCUACUGGUUCGACUUCUACGUCCAGCGCAGGGACAUCAAGCGCUGCCGGAGCGUCUGCCGGUGGUCCGUCGACGUGCAUGGCCCAUGCAGUUAUAACGAGCACGAGGGCGGGUACGACAAGUGUUAUCACUGGAAUUAUGUGAACAUUAUUAGGAGAGGGUUGUUGGGGAAUGGGACGAUGGAGGAAAGGGAAAAGAGAGGUUUGACCGAGUAG